AUGAGGUGGAACUCCACAUAUUUGAUAUUGAAUAGGGCAGUUGAGUGUGAAAAUGGGUUGAUGAGUUAUGUUUAUUGUGACAUUGGCUUAUCACAUUACCUUCAGUUUGUUAAAGAUGAAGAGAGAACUGUUGUCGGUGCAUUUUCGAGUGAUGACUGGGACUAUGUGAAGAAAAUUGCCAAUUUUCUUCAAAUUUUUUAUGAUCUAACGAAAGAAUUGAUAUCGAGUGACGAUGAUGGUGAUGAUCUUUUGGGUAAAAUUACAUCGAAUAUGAAAGAAAAGUUUGAUAAGUAUUGGGGUAGUCCAAAGAAAAUGAAUAAGAUGAUUUUUAUUUCAUGUGUUCUGGAUCCUCGGCACAAGUUUGUUUCAGUUGGUUUUGCUCUUCAAAUGAUGUUUGGGAAAGAAGAAGGACUAAUUUUAGAGAGCGAGGUGAAAGACUACAUGAAUUUGAUGUAUGGUGAGUAUGUAAAGGACUUUUCAAAAGAUAAAGAUAGUCAACAUUAUUCAUCUUCAUCUAGCUCUUUAUUUGAAAAUUCUAGUUCACUGCCUUCGAUUUUAGGUAGUACUAUUCAAUCGAUAGGGUUUUUAGGGUCAUUCAUGGAUGAUCUAAUGAAACAUAAAGCUAGAAAUAUAACAACGGUUAAAACAGAAUUGCAAAAGUAUCUUAAUGAAGCAAAUGAAGGUGAAACCAAGAACUUCAACGUCUUGUCUUGGUGGAAAAUACAUUCAUCCAGAUUUCCUAUUCUUGCUGAGAUGGCUCGGAAUGUGUUAUCUAUUCCCAUUUCAAGCGUGGCAUCCAAGUGUGCAUUUAGUACCGGUGGACGUAUCUUUGAUUCAUUUAGGAGUUCAUUAACUCCUAAAUUGGUACAAAUUCUAGUGUGCCUUCAAGAUUGGAUUCGGAGUGAAUCACAACCUGUUAGUAUUGAGGAAGAUAUAGAUGUUCUCGAAAAGCUUGAACAAGAAUUGGCUAAUACUAGCAUUCUUGAUGAUUGA